UUGCAGCUGCUAGCUUAAAUCUGCGCAGCACCUGGCACUACAUUUAGCGACGAGGUUGACUUGAAAAUUAUUACUAUGGAGAAUUUAUAUGUACAUUUGGAAGAACUGUAAGACGCUAAGUUGUUUAGUCAACGAGUUCCUUUGAAAAUCAGCGCAGUAAAACUAGAGUUUUUGUUGAGAGCUGAUGGUGGUGUAACGGGGAUUUGUGUCGACCGGACACAAGAUGUUCCAAGGUGGGAAGCGGUUUUCAUUUCAGAAACUUCGGCUAUUUUCGUGAUGCCUUCUUUUGACUUCCUGGAUAAAGUGGAGCUGUUUGUGCGGACAGGAACGUAUCCUGUAGAUUCAUCGAAGAGUUCAAAGAAAGUGACCAGAGCUGCCAGCAAACACUUUAUCUACAAAGAUGGCUGUCUGUGGCGAACUUAUCGAGGCCGCCUCCUCAAGGUUGUGAGGAGCGACGAGGAAGUGCGGGAGAUCCUGACUCGUUAUCACAAUAACAACAACCACGCCGGCCGGGUUCGGGCAGUGAAGGAGAUAAUGUUGAUGUAUUACUGGGUUGGAGUGACGGAGGCCGUGAAGACCUGGAUCAAAGCUUGUGCUGUUUGUCAAAGCCGAAGUUCCACUGAACCACCUAACCCACCCGUCCAGUCCUGCCUAGCCUAUGGCUGCGACGCCUCCAGCUACAUUUACCCUGAGCUCAGCUUCCACAGAUUCCCGAAGGAGGCCGAGCAGCGGCAGAGGUGGGUGGAGGUGGCUCAGAGGGACGAAGGCUCGCUGCGCUCAAAUUCCUGCCUCUGCUCCCGACACUUUGAGUCGUCCUGCUUUACGCCGAGCGAGGCGGGUCAGCUGACUCUGUCACCGGACGCUGUACCAACCAUCAUCCCUGUGACUGUACGAGAAGACGAGGUUCCUGUCCCUUCAGAUGAGGACUUCCUUCAUUCUGACACCCUGGAAGACCUCCUCUCUACAGCUGCUACUGCAGAAAGCCCACAGCCCUCUGGACCAGCCUUCAGUCGCUCUGACAUACCCAUGCAGCUGCAGGAGCACCAGUACUGCCUGCCAGCUCCUGAUGUGGACUGCAGGGUGGUCCAGAUAGCGAGGGAGGACAAGAAGAGGAAGACCAUCAUCGAGCCAAGCUUCGCCGCUUACAACCAGAUCGCCAGGUAUCUGAGCCUCAGGGUUUUACCUAUGCAAAGCAAGAAAAGCAGAGGUGCUCUAAAGAGGAUGGCCAAGCGCUUUGGCAUGAUAGAUGGAGUGCUGAUGUACACACGAGUGUCUCCUGCUCUCAGAGUGCCACGCAGCAGAGAGGAGGUAAACUCGAUCCUGCAGCAGUUCCAUGAUAACCAGGGUCACUACGGUCAGGGAAUCUGCCAGCGAGAGAUCGCGAAGCACUUCUACUGGAGCAGCAUGACCCGAGACCUGGCCCGCUGGAUCUCCAGCUGCCACACCUGCCUCAACAGAACCAAGAGGAAGUGGCUUCGCUGCAGCGUCCGCAACUGCAACAACUGCUGCGGGCCAGUGGAGAGAGGCCUGGGUCUCACCUUCCACAAGUUUCCUCUUCACAGCGUGGCCUUGCUGGCUCAGUGGCUGAAGGCCGUGGGCCGUCCUAACUGGCAUCCUCGGCUCCGGUCAUCUAUCUGUUCGGCUCAUUUCACUGAGGACUGCUUCGACCGCAGCAGAGGGAAGGUCGCCCUCCGUCCGGACGCAGUGCCCACGCUGUUGGUCCACAGCGACUCAGCAGCCUAUUUUGCCAAGUACGAUGCUGUGGAGCUCUACCUGCGCAGGCGCACUUAUCCUCAUGGACUGAGCUACGUAGAGAAAAACACCUUCAGGAGGUUCUGCAAAAAGUUUGCCAUCAAAGAUGAUGAACUCCACGUGGUGAGCGGAGAUCGGGUGCGCUUGGUUCUGAGGAGCAGACAGCAGGUCGAAGUCGCCCUCAUGGACUAUCACAACGAGCUGAACCACCUCGACGUCGACAAAUGUCUCCGACUGCUCAGUGAGAAGUACUUCUGGAAAACCAUGAGACCUGACGUGGUGCAGUGGAUCAACAGCUGCUCUCAGUGCAACAGAAAGAAGAGGAAGGACACAGGAGGAUCAGAGUCACUGCUGCAGGUGCUGAGAUCCCCUCAGACACAUGAUGAUUCAGACAGGGAGAAGGAUGACGAUGUGGACGAUGAGGAUGACAAGGAUGAAGAUGGAGGGAGUGUUGGGGACGAAGAGAGGCAGCCAGCAAGAGGAUCAGAGGACAGAGUCGAGAACCCUUUGUCCCCUCGUCCUGCAACUCCCAUCAACCAUCAGCCCAGAAUUCCCAUCCUCCUUCAUCUAAGGACUCACAUCAACUUCCAGCCCAGAGCUCCCAUCAUCCUCCAUCCUAUGACUCAUAGGAACCAGCCACAGCCUGAAGUCCAGAGGGAGACAAACAGCUCUGACAGUCAGUCUGAGAGUCAAAGCAGCGUCCAGGUUCAGGUGAAACCUCAGCCAGAGAGACAGACACAACCUCCAGACCAGAAACAAACAAGUGACUCUCAGUGCAGCGCCAGAACACGUCACUGCGCCAGCACCCACGGUGUCAACAAACCCCUCAGAGAGCCACAUCCUCCACCUGACCUUCCAGCAACAUCCCAACCUCUUCCAAGUCCAAACAGUGGACCAAAGACCCGGUCCAAAUCCCAAAUAUCAACACAAACCCAGAACUGUGGCAGCGUCCAGCGCCUGGUGACGAGGAGCAGAGACCUGGAAGCGGGUUCUUCAGCUAAGAGGAGCUCCAGCUGUGGCCUGGAGCCCGGGGUGGCCCCGAGCACCAAACCCUGGCCCAUCUUCACUGUUCCUGGCUCUGCACCGGUGCACACAGCCAAGCCCCCUCCUGACAUGGACAGCACAGCUGUGUUUCAGAGGUCCAGGAGGCUUCAGGCCCGAACCAUCAUCCAGCAGUGCAGUCAGGCCAAGGUUAAGACCAAACCAGCCCUGGACGGGGCUGACUCUCAGUGGGCGGAGAUCCAGGAGGGAAUGGUUGUGUAUGUGUGCUUUUUCCACGGAGCCACUGAAGACGUCACUUAUGAAAUGGCCAACAGCCUGAUGACACUUAAACUUUUCCGGAAAGACACCGGGCGCUCCGUGUCUGUUCUCGACCUUCCUGGGAGCGUUUUAUUUAUCCCCCAGGACUCUCUGCUCGGGGAGCCGGUGCCCCAGAGAAGGGUGCAGUAUAAAGGCAGCUGUGAGCCAUGGUGGGGCGCUCAACUCUUCUCAAACCUGGUGUUCACCUGCAGAGAACUCAUGCUGGGCUCCGCGAAGUGCACGAAGGCCGGCGUGAAGGUGGAGCAGGGAGUGUACGGACAGAAGCAGGAGAUUGUCCUGAACUCUGUGGAGCCGCUGACACUUCUGCUGGAGUUCUGAGGUACAGCUGAACAUCAGGGCAGGAUGUGGGAAUCUGAACCUGCUGAAUUAGAGUCCAGUCUAACUCCUGAGGCUGCACGGUUCAGAGGAAUCCGAUAAAUCUGGCUGUGAUGCACUGUGUUUGUUAGGAGGAGACAUCUGGUGCUGGUUUGAAUCUGCACAUGGGACUUGUUGACAGGAAGGACAGUAACUGAUAUUAAUCACCAGUUAUUUUGUUUACAUUCAGUCUGUUGUUUAAAAAUGUCUCUAUACUAAUAGUUUAAAAAACUUAAUCAUUUGUUCAUAUUGUUUAUUCUGUAUGGUUGAGAAACAAAUCUUUAUCUUAAAUAAUUAUUUUUGUAAAACAAAAUGUGCACGUUUGAUUCACUGAGUUAUUUCUAACCACAGUAAUGCAGCUACUAAAAAUGAAUAUGGUCAGUUAAAUAAACCAGGGCUUAGAUAUGACCUUCAUGAACUGAGUCAGACCUACACGCUGAGCAGGCAGGUCGGUGCCUGUGAAUCCAAAAUUGAAGACGAAGAACAGAAGCUGGGGUUCAGGUGUGUGUCACGCCAUCAGUGAGUCAGUCAUUGCAAAGGGAAAGGAUAGAAAGCAUUUCCUGAAUUCACCAUGUGAGCAGUUGUAAUGCAUUACAGAUAAUUCAAACCCAUAUGUUUAACUUUUUUAACCUUUAUUGGCGACUGGCAGGUUUGGCAUUCGAUAACAUUUUAUCAAACUGAAUCCUGACAAAUCCCUCGUUGACCAGUAACUAAAGUUGCAAACAACUACAAGUCAAAGAUUCAGUUCAGAUCUUUGAUCAGCUGUUGUUGACUGAGGAGCCACAAAUACAGAUACUACAGUUUUUAGUGGCAGCUACUAAAUAAACCAGCAUUAACACUGACAA